AUGAGCGAAGACCUACUUAACGAGAUUGAAGCCAUAAACUCCAUCUACGAUUCCUCGACUCUUACUUCCGCGCACGAAAUUCCAGAUGAAAUUUACAUUCUCGCUCUCCCAAAUCACGCCACCUCACUUCGAAUACAAUUCCCAGCAGCAUACCCAGAUGUUCCACCUAUAAUAUUGGGAGCACAGAGUUCUGGAGAGAAUGCGAAGAAGGGUGAUGCAGGGAAGCUGGUAGAUUUCGUGAGGGAUAUUGUGGGGAGAACUUGGAAGGUGGGAGAGGUUUGUCUAUUUGAUGUUAUCGAGGAGGUCGAAGAGGGGUUUGGCGCUGGAGAGGAGGAGGACGAUGGAGGAGACGAGGAAGGAGAAGAGUUCGCAGAUUAUGUGGAAGGUACAGCCGUUGAACGUAAACGAGAUACUUCGAAUGGGGAUAUAGAUAUCGAACCUCCCAAUUGGACACUUUCUUCAGUCACCACCGAACUGAAAUCCACAUUCAUCGCACGCUGCAUCUCCGUUUCUUCUCCUGCUCUUGCAGCUCAAUAUAUACAACAUCUCCUUGCUUCGGACAAAAAAGUCCGUUCUGCAACCCAUAACAUCACAGCAUGGCGCAUCAAAACACCGGAGGGCAUAACAUACCAGGAUUGCGAUGACGAUGGAGAAUCUGCGGCGGGAGGAAGAGUUCUGCACUUAAUGCAGCUGAUGGAUCUAUGGAAUGUGAUGGUGGUUGUUACAAGGUGGUAUGGAGGACAGAAAUUAGGAGCGAGGAGGUUUGCUGUUAUCAAUGCAGUGGCAAGAGAUGCUUUUGUGAAGGGUGGAUUUGUGGUUGAGAAGGGAGAUGGAAAAGAGGGAAAGAAGGGGAAAAAGUGA